GUGUUGUUGUGGUCGUUGGUUGUCUGAAUGUGGAGCGGUGAAGGGAGAGCGAGGUGCGAGGUAGGUCGCAAUAAGAAAGGAGGAAAAGAAAGAACGUUUGCAUCCCAAGACAGAGAGAUGUCGGAGAGAAUCGCCUCCUGCGGGAGCCUGUACGAUAGCACGUCUCUCUUGCUUCAGUACUGCAACGAUGAGACGGCGUCGGCGGCCAGUGGGAUGGAGCUUGAGGACCGCGUGUCCCACAUGGAGCAGAGGCUGAUGCUGCAGGAGGAUGAGAUCCAGCUGCUGAAGUCCGCCCUGGCCGACGCCCUGCGCAGGCUGGGCCUCUGUGAGGACCGGGCCCCGCCCCCCGCAGGCCCCCACAGGCCCCCCACGCCCGCCCCGCCUACCAAGGUCCGUCAGCUCCUGCAGGCUUUACCCUCCAAGCCCCUGAGUAACGGCUACAUGCCGCAGAAACGCUACCCCUCCUCCCCCUCCUCCCCCAAGAAGGAAGUGCUGCUGUCCAUCAAGAGGAAAAGCAUGUCUACAGAGCGUCUGACGAUGGUGAAGAGAGACUCCAGGAGCAGAACCACCUCCUCCAGCUCCUCCACCUGUGGCAAGAGCAGCAAGUCUAAGGAAUGCUCCCUCAAUGCAGAGGACGGCUAUGUGCGGAUGUUCCUGAGAGGCCGGCCGGUCACCAUGCACAUGCCCGACCAGCUGAGGGACACUUACACUCUGGACCACAAGGGGGCGCUGCCUGACCGCAAGCUCAAACUUCAGUGGGUGUACGGCUACCGGGGCCGUGACUGCCGCUCCAACCUGUACCUGCUGCCAACGGGGGAGAUUGUGUACUUCCACGCCUCCGUGGUGGUGCUGUACAACACGGAGGAGCAGCAGCAGAGGCACUACAUCGGACAUGACGACGACGUGAAGUGCUUGAGUGUCCAUCCUGAUAUGGUCACCAUAGCAACUGGACAAGUGGCAGGAAACUCCAAAGAUGGCAAGCUGUUGGCUCCCCAUGUGCGUGUGUGGGACUCGGUCAGUCUCAACACCCUGCAUGUCAUUGGGAUGGGCGUGUUCGACCGGGCAGUCACUUGCGUUGCCUUCUCCAAGUCUAACGGCGGUGCUCACCUCUGUGCCGUGGACGAUGCCAACGACCACAUCCUGUCUGUGUGGAACUGGCAGAAGGAGAAGCAGCUGGCCGACGUCAAGUGCUCCAAUGACUCUGUUCUGGGCGCCUCCUUCCAUCCUAUGGACGCCAAUCUGAUUGUCACCUGUGGGAAGAACCACCUCAACUUCUGGACCAUGGAGGGCGGCACUCUGACCAAGAGGCAGGGCCUGUUUGAGAAACAUGAGAAGCCCAAGUAUGUGCUGUGUGUGGCCUUCGCUGAGAACGGAGACGCCAUCACAGGAGACUCCAGUGGAAAUAUCUUUGUCUGGGCCAAAGGCGGCAACCGCAUCAGCCAGGUUAUGGGCGGGGCCCACGAGGGCGGGGCCUUCUCCGUGUGCGUCCUGAAGGACGGGACGAUGGUGUCGGGCGGAGGGAAGGACAGACGCAUCGUCCUCUGGGAUCAUGACUACCACAAGCAGGCAGAGAUGGAGGUGGGGGAGGCGUUCGGGCCGGUGCGCGUGCUGACGGAGGGGAAGCAGGGAGAGCUGUUCGUGGGAACGACUAAGAACGCCAUCCUGAAGGCUGCUUUCCCCUCCACCCUUGACCCCAUCGUACAGGGUCACACAGAUGAGCUGUGGGGAGUGGAUGUGCACCCCUCCAUGGAGCAGUUUGUCACCUGCGGACAGGACAAGCAGGUGCAUCUCUGGGACACCAACUCCCAUCAGCCACUCUGGUCUAAAGCCAUCGAGGAUCCAUGCCGCUCAGUUGGGUUCCACCCCAGUGGAUCUGUUGUUGCCGUGGGCACCAUGACUGGAAGGUGGUUGGUGCUGGACACUGACACCAGGGACCUGGUCUCUAUGCACACUGACGGCAACGAGGUCAUUUCCAACGUCAAGUACUCUCCAGAUGGUAACUUCCUGGCUGUAGGUUCCCAUGACAACUUUGUUUACAUCUACGCGGUGACGGAGAAUGGCAGGAAGUACAGCCGUGUGGGAAAAUGCACUGGUCACUCCAGCUUUGUGACCCACCUGGACUGGUCCACUGACAGCCAGUUCCUGGUCACCAACUCAGGAGACUAUGAGAUCCUCUUCUGGGAGGCGUCCAGUGGGAAGCAUGUGACCAGCAUGGAAGCCGUGAGGAACCUGGAGUGGGCCACUUCCACCUGCGUUCUGGGUUUCAACGUCUUCGGGGUGUGGCCUGACGGAGCUGAUGGGACGGACCUGAAUGCCGUGUGCAGGUCACAUGACGGCGCUCUGCUGGCCUCGGCCGAUGACUUUGGCAAAGUGCAUUUGUUCUCCUACCCUUGUUCCCAGCCCCGGGCCCCGAGCCACGCCUACGGGGGCCACAGCAGUCACGUGACCAACGUUGCCUUUCUCCAUGACGACAGUCACCUGAUCUCCACCGGAGGCAAGGACACCAGCAUCCUGCAGUGGGUGGUCGCCUAGCAACCCUGCAUCAGCAGCCCUGCAUCAGCAUCCUGGCCGGCAGGGAGCAGCACUGCUGUUUCCACUAACGCCAACUGACCCUCUGGCAGUACUAUUGGUCUGCUGUCCCUUUACCUGCAGUGUCUUCUGAGACCACUAGAUGGCACCCUGACCCAAGAGAAUACUGGAAGCAUGCCCCAGACUGUUUAAUGAUAUGGCUAUUUAAACAGAGUUUAACUUAGCUGCUAUUUAUGUUGCAAAGGUUUAUAGAGGUAUAUAUUGUUUAACUGAAUGGCAAUUGUAUUGGUAAUUUAAUAUUCACUGUAAUGGAUAUAUCUAUUGUCGUGGCACUUUUUAUCACCUGGUAGCCCAUGUAGGAGUGAGCUUAAGUUGUGCUUUGCCUUGGUUUUGUUAAUAAAGUUUCUACCCCAAAC